AAAUUCUAAAAGACGCUAAGUCGUUGCUACGUUAAAAUUUUUCUCUUUCACUUUCUCUCUCUAAAAGUCUUCAGCUGCGCGCCCAUUUUCUCUCUCUAACAAACACAGGCCAUGAAAGGUCGCCGGAACUCCAGCUCCGACUACCGGAGUACGCCGGAACGCGGUGGAUAUUCUCCUGGAUACGCGUCUUCCGAGGUCAGCGCCAAGUCAACCUCUUCCUCCACCGCCUCCGGUGGCCGGAGUUCGGUCUCCUCCGCCGCUAGGUCUGUAGCCGGAAUCUUCACCGCCUGCUUCGCGCCGCCGGAAGCCACCAUCAGAAGCUCCAAGAGCUUCGGGGAUUCUGAGGAGUUCAAAGCUCCAUCUGUUGCAUCGGAUGUUUCGAGAGCUAGUAGUCAGAAAGGGCGCGGCUCGAAUCGAGGCAUCAACAUCAGCACAAAUAAAGAGCCUGGCACUGUAAAAUUCACCAUGGAGGAAAUCCAGAAAGCCACAAGAAACUUCUCCUCUUCUUUCAAGAUUGGCCAAGGUGGUUUUGGUACUGUCUACAAGGCCAAACUAUUGGAUGGAACAGUGGUUGCAGUAAAGCGUGCAAAGAAGAGUCUAUAUGAGAAGCAUUUGGGUGUAGAGUUCCAGAGUGAGAUACAAACACUAUCAAGGGUUGAACAUUUGAACUUGGUCAAGUUCUAUGGAUAUUUGGAGCAAGGGGAUGAAAGAAUUAUUGUUGUGGAGCAUGUUCCAAAUGGAAACCUAAGAGAACAUUUGGAUUGCAUUCAUGGAAAAGUUCUUGACCUUCCUACACGUCUAGACAUUGCAAUUGAUGUAGCUCAUGCCAUCACCUAUCUUCAUAUGUAUAUAGAUCAUCCUAUCAUUCAUAGAGACGUUAAAUCUUCCAACAUUCUGCUGACCGAAAAUUUUCGAGCUAAGGUAGCAGAUUUUGGUUUUGCAAAACAAGCACCAGAUAGUGACUCCGGCAUGACUCAUGUAUCCACCCAAGUUAAAGGAACAGCAGGCUACUUGGACCCUGAAUACCUGAAAACAUAUCAACUGACUGAAAAGAGUGAUGUGUAUUCAUUUGGUGUUUUGCUUGUUGAACUCACCACAGGGAGACGUCCCAUUGAACCGAAAUUCGAACUCAGAGAGCGAAUAACUGCAAAAUGGGCUAUGAAGAAAUUUGUGGAUGGAGAAGCUACCACUGUCUUGGAUCCAAGACUUGAUCAAACUGCAGCAAAUACACUUGCACUUGAAAAGAUUCUUGAACUAGCAUUGCAGUGUUUGGCACCUCGGAGACAAAACAGGCCUAACAUGAAGAGAUGCGCCGAGAUCCUUUGGACUAUCCGCAAGGAUUACAGGGAGCUAUCAGCCUCAGAUUUUCGCUCGUUUUCUUCUACUUCCCAGAGGAGCUCUUCAAUAAGAGACUGAGAAUGCUAAAUAUUCAUCUCAGGCAUGAUGAGGCAACAGAAACAACAUGAAGCACUUGCAUCAGAGAGUGCAAGUUAAUGCCAAAUCAUAUAACCAGAGGGGAAAACCAUUCUUCUGUGUUAUGAUCAAGCAAUUUCAGCAUCUUUGGGAAAGUCCCUUUUGGAUCACAGUGACAUGUGUAGGUAGAGUUCAUAUUUUGUCAAAUCUGUUCAUAAGAAUUUUUGUUUCUGUAUAUAGGAACUAGGAAGCACACUCAGACAAAAAGUUGCCUCCUUCCUUGAUUGAUUGUGUAUUAUUAUUACUAUUUUUUUUUGGGGUGGGUUUUUUCUAUUAUUAUUUUGAAUUAAAUGUAUUUCUUUAUCUUAGCUUCUAUUGCUGGUUGGAGAUUUGAUUAUUGCAUUUUCACAUAGGAUAUCAUUCCAUUUACAAUUAAA